UCUGCCGCUCAGUCUAACUGGCGUCUCCCCCCUCACAUCCCCUUCAGUUUGGCUUCGCCCCCCACCCGGUUUCCCUUUUCUUUAUCCUUUCGCCUGCACAGUCAGUUACUGUCUGAGGGGUUUGAUCCCAGACUGUGCAGCUGGACACCGGGAUUCAAUGACUUAAUUGUGGCACGGAGAAGAGGAGUUAGAGGAAGAAAACAGGAGCAACUGUUUUGCUAAACGGACAAAGUCCGAUGCUCCCAAUCUGCGGCCAUGCCGGCUUUACCUGAGGAGCGUUUGCGCAUCUGCGCCGUAAUAGGCGCCCUGAAAGGGGCCGGGAUCCGGGUGAAGAACUGGAAGAGCUUCCUGAACAGCGGCAACGCCGCCAGGCAGGAGAGUCGCUGCGUCUCCUUUGCCUUCGGACGCGACUUGGUUUCGCUACCGCAGUGUCACUUGCCGGAAGUAGGGGGCUUCGUUCCCAAAUUCUUGGUGGACUCCUGUGCAUUUCUGUCACUCCAUCUUCACACUGAGGGUCUCUUCAGGAAAACUGGUUCCCUGAGCCGCAUCCGUUCUCUAAGGGCUGCUCUGGAGCAUGGUGACCCGGUCUUCUCACCUCCGCGCUCUGCUGCCCUGCAGCCCUGCGAUGUAGCCACCCUGUUAAAACAAUUCCUGCGUGAGCUGCCCGCGCCUCUCAUACCCUUUGAGCUGCAGGGGCCACUGUUUCGCGCUCAAGGCCUAGAGGCCGACGGGUUCCAAGAUGGCGAACGAGACAGAAUCGUUUUGAUGGUCACAGCUCUGUUCCCAGCUUCCCACGCUCGUGCUCUUAGGUAUUUUUGCACUUUCCUGAGGAACACCGCUAAGAGAUGCAGCGAGAAUCGCAUGGAGGUCGGUAACCUCGCCCUGGUUAUUACUCCUAAUCUGCUGCACUGCCCGCCUGUGGGCUCGAAACUGACUGAGGGCACGGGGAGGCUGUUGGACAGACAGGCCGAGGUCGUCAAGGUGCUCAUCAUGCAUUCUGAUCUCAUCGGGGUCGUUCCUCCAGCCAUUAUGGAGUCAUUGUCCUCAAUGCCUCAGUCGGGCAGUACUACGCCCCCUACAGACGGGCUGUUCUUUCAGGAGAGGGCUGCUCUUGGCGUAUACAGAAGCUUGAGGCGCCAGAGAAGGCGCAGUGUGGGAGAGAUGUUUGUAGAGGCGCUGAGCAAACUGAAAACUGGUCGCACUCCAAAUGGUCAUUCUCAGCACUCAGACAACAUACUGGGCCAACACAUCAGUCCCACGUCCCAAUCAACCAGCACCAUCAAAAGGAAGUCUACCGAUGACACUCUUCCAGAGCUGGUGGGAUCUGCCAAAAAGAGACGAUCGAUCCAUGAUCUGAGAGAGGAUAGCAAGCCUGUUGUUCAGGCCUGCACAGAUGAUUCUGAAUCCACGGCGAGUCAAAGCCCCACACCUAGUCUCUCAUCUGUCCUCUCCGUAACGGAGGGAAGUGGCGAACACGAACCUUUGUUGUCUUCUGUCAUGUCAGAGAAGAAGAAGAGCCAGAGAAGGAGCACCAAGAAGUCGCAGAGGUACCCAGCUCAGGAGAACAGAGAGGAGAGGAGGAGGAGGAGGAGGUCACUACGGUUCUUCACUUUGACCAGCUGGAGCAGCACUAGUACAGCUGUACCAAGUGACUGUGAAGCUGAUAACUGGUUAACAAGUAGUGGAAAGGUGACUGAGAGCACAAGUGAGCCAAUCACUGCUGAGGGGGCAGUGCCAUUUAAGAUUCCCCUAAUUGUGAUUGAGGCUUCAGAAAAAGAUGCUCCGGUGACUCCGCCUCCAGAAGAAGCGGACAGCGGGCGAUUGGUCAAGGAGGCAGAUUUGGAAUCCCAGAGUGGAGCCGACGAUGGAGAAGUUGGGGUGCACUGUGCCGUCAUGAGGACGGAAGGGGAGGCAGAGGUGGGGGUGGCAAUGGAGAGUAGCGUAACACUUGAAGAGACCAUUAUACAGUCUAUUGCAGAAGAGCAGUGGUUCGAAAGGGAGAAUUGUGGGAAUUGUAGUCGGGGAGUGCCGUGUCAGGGCGUGGAUGUCUUUCGGAGGGCCAGCCGCCCGCCUCGGCGUUCCAUCAGCCUGCCUGAUGUCUCUGUUGGACCAGCGGCUAGUCGGGGAGAGGAGGACGAGGAGGAGGAGGAGGAGGGAGGCAGAGAGUUUUCUAGUGCUGAUUUCCAUGAAUGUGACUGCUCUGUGUCAGACAGCACAGGGGAUGUGUCAAGGCAGCUGCAGAGCAGCGGUACAGCUAUGUUAACGCUGGAAGAUGCAGGAUUAGGGGCAAAGUGGCAGGCGAACUUAAAGCCAGAGCAAUGCCUGGGGUCAGAGAGGAACAAGAAGGCUGGAGAGGCAGAAACUCUUUCUGAGGAUGGGGGUUAUAAGAAGCCCAGCCAGCGCCUGUCUGUGGCUGAGCAUGUGCGCCGGUUUAACAUGCUGACUGGUUGGCUGAGGGCUCCCCGGGCUUCGACUGUCACCCAGCAGGGCAUCGUACCUCCGGAGGCACCGCAAGCCGCUGGUUCGAGGGGCCCAGUUCGCCUGCGUAGGCAGGGGGCACGCCGGUUCAGUCGUUCCAUAAGUCAUGAAGGAAUGUCCGUCCUGCUGCAGAGGCCGGAUGUGAAGCAGCUACCAUGUCCCGAGCCUCCGAGAUCAACAAAACCGGGAAAUUCAUCUCAAGAGCGACAGUGGCUGCCGCCUGGCCCACCCCGUCCUCAGGGCCAGUCCCAGCAACAGCAGCGCCGAGGGCAGCACAGCCCCUGGGAGAGAGAGCUGGACGUGCUGUGUCAGCUGCACCACCUGGGAGGAGAGAGACUAUCAAGUCAUGAGCAACUGCGCCUGCAGGCGGCCCAGACACCGCACUACCUUACCAAGCAGCAGGGAUCACGGAGGCAGCCGCUAGAGCAGGAACAACCACCGGAAGAGAUGGACCUGCACCGGCGUCUAGAGUUACAGCUUCAGCUGAACCGGUUCGAAUCAGCGGAGGAUCCAGAGAUAUCGCUGAAGCUACAGUCGCAGUCCCAGCUGGACAAACCCAAGGACGUCCUGUGUCCAACCUUCAUUUCUUCCCAGCAGGAGUUCCUGCAGCAAGUCAGACCUCGUUGUCUCCGUUCCCCUGCCACCCUUCUGCACCCCAGCACAGAUGCACACGUAGACAAGGGGCUUGAUAGCAACGUGCACAUGUCCACCCACGAGAGCCAGACACCACCCCCAGACCCGGGCAGCAGCUCCACCCUGCAUGUGAGAACACGUGGUGACUCUCCUCUGCAGAAUGAGAUCUGCUUUGACUACACGCCACCUUUGUCUGCGGAUGACACGACUGACGUGGCGACUAAGGGCAUCGCUGAUGACAAAUCCGGCGUCUCCUCACCGGCCUUGCAGUUACAGAUUCCUGCCACCAGGAGGCGAUAUAGAAAUUCUCCUCGUUGGCCGGUUUCUGAGAUUCGCAUUGCCACCUGGGAUCCUGUGCAGCUCUGACCAUGAGUGUCUACUGAAAUCCUGAAGGACUAUUGCUGCGCACGUGAGAACUUGCGAGCAGUUUUCUUCGUCCUUUUAAUCUAUUGUAUUUCUGUUGAAGAGAACAUGAAUAUAAGAGCAACAGAAACACUUAUUCAUCAAAAUGACUGUCCAGUCACAGACACUGUCAGAUUGAGCCAGUUUCACUCCCGUUUUAUUUGUAGUAAAUAUUAUGUUUUUAUUACUGCUAUUUAUUAUAUGUGCUGUUUUAAGUAUA